AUGGAAAUUGAUCCUCAGCUGCAACAUCGAGACGGGGACCCUCAACGGCGUUUUUACACCCCGACCCGACCGACAAUGAGCACAGGUCCGGAAUACCCGGAGCCUCCGUCCCACACAUCCCUGAACCCCUAUCAAAGCCGAGAUAUACAUGGUGACGAGCACGGCCACGGACAUGGGCACGGGGAUACGCACCCGUCAUUUGUGAUGGGUCCAGACAGCAACCAAUCCCCAGAGCCGCGGGAGACAUCCGGCGAUGCCAAGCGGUCGCGCGCAUGUGAGCCAUGUCGACAGCUCAAAGUGCGCUGCGACCCAGACCCGGCGCACCCAGAAGGGUCAUGCAAGCGGUGCGCGAAAGCCCGACGGACGUGCAUUGUGACUGCACCGACGCGCAAGCGGCAAAAGAAGACCGACAGCCGGGUAGCGGAGUUAGAGCGGAAGAUCGAUGCUUUGACCGCGACGCUGCAGGCAUCGCAUUCGACUGGUUCGCUGUUCUCUAGUGGAGCGGGACAGCAAACGUCGCCGCCUGGGCAGCGGGAUGAGCAGCUUGCUGGUCGGAGGUGGUCAGGUGGGGAAUCAAAAAUCGCCGGGAGCAAGCGACAGCAUACCGGCGAGAUCAAGGAUUCGGCUGGGGAGUUGCUGGCACCACGGUAUUCGCGGCCGGGCAGUCCCUCUGCGGAACAGAUUCUGACCCAACCAUCGAAGCAUUGGCGCAGACCUGUUGCCGGGGACUCUGCGCCGCCGCCGAAACACGACGCCGGGAAUGAGUUUGCUGAUAUGAUUGACCGGGGAAUUGUAGAUUACAAGACUACUAGCGCGGCGUUUGACAGGUAUAUCCAUCAGAUGGCGCCAGAGCUGCCUUUUGUUGUUUUUCCGCCGGGGACUACGAUGGGCGAGGUUCGGCGCAACAAGCCCUAUUUGUUUCUUGCCAUAAUUGGCGCUGCCAUUGGUGUUUUUAACCCGGACGUUCAGACUAUCCUCGUGAAUGAGACAUAUCGCCUGAUCGCGGAGCAUGUUGUUGUCAAGGGCCAAAAGUCGCUUGAGCUGGUUCAGACUAUCAUGGUCUGUUCUAUCUGGUACUUGCCACCAGACAACUUCGAGGAGCUCAAGUUCUAUUCUUUGACCCACAUGGCUGCGCUCAUGGCAAUCGACCUUGGAUUGAACCGUCGUAUUUCCGAGAAUAGACGGACCUUCAACAUGAUCCGCGAGCUGAUCGCUAAGAAGCCAACGGGCCCGGCAUUUGAUCUCGACGGACCUGAGGCAAGGCGGACUUGGGUUGGCUGUUAUUACUUAUGUGUACAGAUGUCGGCGGCUAUGAGGAGAGUACACUUGAUCACAUGGCAGCCGUAUAUGGACGAGUGCCUUGAUAUCCUAGCAAACCACCCGGAUGCCCUACCCUCCGACCGGAAAUUAAAAUGGUGGGCAAAAUUGGGGUUGAUAAUGGAGGAUUCUGGGAAUCAGUUCUCUGCGGAUGAUUCCGAACCCAUUACUACCUUCGCGAAUAGUAAGGCGUGGUAUAAUGUGAAGGUGUUUGAGGAUCGAUUGGCACAGUGGAGAGAGGAGAUACCGAGGGAUAUCUACACUGGGCCGAUGGUUCACACAGAACAUGUCUUGAAUCUCUUUGUGCAUGGAUGCGCGGUGUGUGUAAACUUCAACGCUGGCAACAACUCUGCACCACAGGAUGAUUUGCACAGAUCUUCCAUUGCAGCGGCGAUCGAUGGGUUGACCACGGCCAUCCGCUGCAUCCACGAAAGUCUGGAUGUCAUUUGCGCUGUUGAGAGUGAACGACUUAUAUUUUUGCCUACGACGACAUUAGCACGGACAACGUUCCCCGUGGUCACUUUGAUAAAAAUAUACUCACUGUUCAGCUCGCCGGACAGUCAAAUCGGCCAGAUUCUCGAUGUGCAGAGUCUCAAGAUCGAUUAUUAUCUGGACAAAGUCGUCGCUCACUACCGGACCGCCGCGGCGCGUGACGGUGGUCGUGCAGCGGCGAAAUUCGGAAACAUAAUGGUCCUUUUGCGCAACUGGUUUAUCAAAAAACGUAACCAGGGAGAUCAUGGCCGGGAAUUGAAGGAGAUGUUUGCAAAUGAUCAGGUGCCCUCUGAUAACCAGCAGACACAUGGAAAUCAUGAUAUUUCGAACACGGCGUCUGCUAAUCCAAGAACGCAAAUGGCACCGGGCAUGACGCCUCUUCAUUUCCUAAGCGAAGUAGCCAUGGGCGACCCAGCACACCGUGCGAACAAUCCCAACCCUCAACAUCCAAUAAGUGGACAAUCUUAUUCCGCAAACCACAGUCCAAAUUCAACAAUCAACCCAAUGACAACGCCAGGCCCACCCAGUUUUGUGCCAGACCCGCCCCAAACCAGCUGGUCAUCCGGCGCAUCUUACCCAACCACUCUCCCUAGCUCGGACUCGAACCAGGUCGAUACGAGAGGUUACUACCAACCCUACUCCUCUACGGAACUCACACAUAACUACCCAGAUAUACCGUCGAGUACGACUCAGACUCAGGGAUAUCCGGACAUGUCUACCGUUGCUGGAAUGCAGCUUGCUCCCCCGAUGGGACUGGCAGCCGGAAUAGGUAUGGAUCCCAAUUCUGGUGAAUCUUGGAUUAAUUUAGGGAACAUGAUGGACGAGGGCCUAUUUACAUUCCCUUUCGAUGGGAAUUUUGGGUUGUUCUAG